CUCGAAACCUACUCUUCUACGCGACCCGAACUGUCCCCACCAGAUUCGCAUACCGCGUGUUAGUCACGCCCGCGAAGGGCGUGCGGGAUGUAUAUGUACUCAUUCCUCCCUCAAGCGGUAGGCCUUCGAUCUCCACUUCUUUCUUACUGACACCGCAGCAAUGGUCAAGUUCUGGGACCACAUCUCGAAGGACCACCAAGAAUGGGCACUUCGACAGUCGCUAUUCUUCAUUGCCUCUGCUCCUCUUACGGGCAAGCAUAUCAAUUGCUCGCCGAAAGGACGGCCUUCGGCGACUCUGACCAUAUUCGAUGAGAAUCUCGUAGGGUACAUGGACGCGACAGGAUCCGGAGUCGAAACGAUCAGCCAUGUGUACGAGAAUGGCAGAGCAACGAUCAUGUUUUGCAGUUUCGAGAGCUCACCUCGGAUCAUGAGAUGGUUCUGCACAGGAAAGGUGUACGAGACAGAUCAUCCAGAGUAUGAGUACUGGUUGAAGAGGAUGGGCAAGGAGGAAUACCCUGCCAUGCGUGCGAUCAUCGUGCUGAAGGUGUUCAAAGUCCAAACCUCAUGCGGCUUCGCAGUACCGCUCCUCUCACAUUACGUCGACGGAGAAAAGGGACCUCGAGGGAAAUUCGUGGACCGAAAGACAUUGGACAAUUUCGCGAUCAAGAGCGCAGCAGUUCCGGAAAUCAUGGCGAAUUACAGGGCGAAGAUGAAUCCCAAGAGCUUGGACGGGCUGCCAGGUUUACGGCGAGCAAUGAAGACGAAUGGGCAAAAUGUAUUCCUGCAAGAGCUGAUAUGGUGGGCGAAGAGUACAACUUCACAAUGGCAGGCUAUGGUGCUGGGUGCUGCAAUCGGUAUAUGGCUCAUGCUGGCGUUGCAGAUGGCUGCGAGGACCUUGGACUUGGGUCGAUUGACGAUGUGAAGCAAUUGGGGAAAGGAGUUGGGAGUGUCUAAAAGGAAGGCAAUGCCGCGAAAUGAUAUCAUGAUAUGGACA